GGAGGGGGAGAUGCAAGCACACACACACACACACACACACCUCAUUAACACACAUGGAAAGAGAGAGAGACUGGAUUCCAGCAUUAUUCUUGAUGCAGCGUGGCUCAGAACUGAGACUGGAGCAACGAUGCACAGCUGACACCAGCUUCCCGCUCAGAUCUGAGGUGGCGAGCGGUCAGGACACAUCGAAUCCGACUGCAUCUGCAUUCACAGGACAAAGCAGCAAACACACAUGAACCACUGGAGCGUUCAGCAGCACACCCCGAAGGGUUAAUGCUACAGUAAGCUGACUUUCAUCUAGAAUAACAUGCCUGCUCUUGCUGUAAGUUUUUAGUAUGAAGCACAAAAUAGUCAGUUUAGCUUUAGUUAGAUUUUUUCUCCUGUGCUGGAAUCUAAAUCCCCUUCUGAGACGUCUACAGCAGCCUUCUCUGCACACUCCAAACUUAAGUGGAUUACAUCCGAGGCAUUAGGGAUUUGGGGGCUGUCAUAUGAAGAGACAUGCCUGACCGCAGUAUACAACAGAACCAGAGGAGAUCGGCAUGUGUUUUAUGUCACUUUACAUGUGGAUUACUGUCCUAAUUUGGUCUCACAGAGGACACGCAUGAGGACGUUCCACAACUCAUGGUUGCGAUGAACUUCAGACAGAGGAGAAGCUAGUGAGUCCUGGAGCUCCAAGGGAGCAGCAUUGAGGAGAAGAAGACUCUGAGUCCUCUUGGUUCAGGGAAGAGGUCAGCAGGAUGGUGCCACCGCCUCCUACCAACAAGCCACACGUUUGCUUAUCCACCAUCAUCAUCAUGAGCAGCAUGGCAAUGAUGGACGCCUACCUGGUGGAGCAGAACCACGGCCCGCGGAAGAUUGGCAUCUGCAUCAUGGUGACGGUAGGAGACCUCUGCUUCCUCAUCGUGCUGCGGUACGUGGCGGUGUGGGUCGGAGCUGAAGUGAGGACUGCAAAACGAGGCUACGCCAUGAUACUUUGGUUCCUUUACAUCUUCGUCUUGGAGAUUAAGGUGUAUUUUGUUUACCAGAACUACAAGGCUGACCGUAAGAGCCUGGAUGCAUUGGCUCGGAAAGCUCUGACGCUCCUGCUCUCCAUCAGUAUUCCCGCACUCUUUGUGAUCCUGGUUGCCAUUGACCACAUGGAGUACGUGAAGGCUUUCAAGAAGAAGGAGGAGAUCAGAAACCGUUUGUUCUGGGUGGUGGUGGAUCUGCUGGAUGUUCUGGACAUCCAGGCCAACCUGUGGGAGCCGCAGAAGAAAGGGCUUCCACUCUGGGCCGAGGGACUGAUGUUUUUCUACUGUUAUAUUCUUCUUUUAGUGCUGCCUUGUGUGUCUCUGAGUGAGAUCAGCAUGCAAGGCAUCAACAUCAGUCCUCACAAGAUGAUGCUCUAUCCCAUUCUGAGUUUGGUGACUAUUAACAUGGUCACUCUCUUCAUCCGUGGAGGGAAUAUGCUCCUCUAUAAGGACAACAGAGUGUCCGGGAUACUCAUGGCCAAGAACAUCCUCGCCAUUGUUCUGAAGACGUGCAGCUUUGUGCAGUACAGGAGACAGUUGCAGAGCACUCCGCCUGGGUUUGGAGUGGAAUUACAGAAGAACUCUGUGGCGUCGGGUCGAUCCGGUCAGACUCUUCCACAGGGGGUGCUGCAGGAGCAAACGCCGCUGCCCGAGGUCACCAGGUGUGAACAUACGUGACCCAGAAUCUGGAGACUACCAGCACAAGGAAACACACAUCUCUAAUGAAACAAUGUGGAUAUAAGCUUUUACAGUUAUUGCUAGCUUCAUUAUUUUCAUCCGAGAGAAAUGCAAGUGGAGCAUAAUGGAAUGAAAAUAGUCCUUCCUUCCUAAAAAAUACAUUUACUUUGCAUACUAUGCCAGUUUUCUAAGUAUGUCAAACUCCAGUUUUAAAAAUGUCUCAUCUGAGUUCCAGAUUUGGCUGGUUACUUUGGUAUAGGUUGGUCCUGCUGGUAGAUGUGCAAUACACCAUCUGAUUGUGCAGAAACUUACAGUAGAAGUUUCACUAGUGACUGAUGAUUUCUGGAAGCUCUUGGCUUGGUAUUUGUCUCAUCUGCUGACGUCACAGGUCAGGAUAGUGACUAGUGAAGAGUUGGGAAUGUUUCGAGACACAGAUCUAGUGAAAAUGAUUCAGCAAAAUACAGUUAUUUUAAAAAAUGAUUGUGUCACACUGGUGCACUGCUUUAAAAACCAUACAGGACACCGUAAACUCGUAACUCGUAAAAUAGUUAUGUUUUCUCAAGAGAUCAGGGCUGCGUUUCCCAAAAGCAUCAUAAGCUUAAGUUGAUCGGUUUUAAUGGGUCUAUGAUGUAUUUAAGCUUACAAUGCUUUUGGGAAACGCAGCCCAGCUAUGUCCAGCAUGGAGUAUGAUAGCAAACCAUUUCAAAAACAGUUUGAUCAGAAAUGGUGUUGUAAAAGCGUAAACAGACACUGGUAUUUUGAGAAGAUCAAAGAGCCUGCAUCCAAAAUGUAAAGUUUCAUCAUUAAUCAAACACAUUAUGAGAUUAAUAGCGAUCAUAACAUUUGGAUCAAAAGAAAAAAAACUAUUGUUAUUCAUUUGUGUAUUUAUUUUCUAAUCAUGCAAUAUGAUAAAAGAUAAAUAAAAUAAAAUGAAAAAAAAGAACAAAAAAACACUAAAGCAACAAACAUCCUUUUGGUAGAAAAAGGGGGAAAGAUUUUUUUCAGUGUGAUGCUUUGAUAAAGAGUUGUGUACAUAUGUGCGUUGUGUGUUUGUUACAGCAUGUUUUAUUCAGGUCAGACAUACAAAUGUACUGAUUAGACUGAAGAUAGAGUAUGUCUCAUGUCCUAAUUACAAUUCUGAUGAGGGUUUUAAUUAAACAGCAUUACAAAGGGAAAAUGA